AUGAAUACUGACAAAACGGAUGACGUGAUUAAAAAAGAAAACGAAAAUGCGGAAAAUAAAGAAGUUGUUAAGGGUGUUUAUACUGCUGGCAUGGAAACUCCUUAUCUCUUUAUUCCAUCAUUUUCUGAACCUAUCAAAAAAUCUCCUAGAAGACCGCGAUCAGAAAAAUCAUUCACGCCACAAGCUACAAAAACUGUUAAAAAUACUACGAAAGAAACGAAAUUUUUAGUACAAUUACCUCCAGCACAUGUAAUCAAAGAUGAUUCUGGAUCUUGGACAUUACGAUGCGUUUGUGGUGAUUUAUUAACUGACGGAUUUCUUGUUAGUUGCGAUAAAUGCGGAAUUUGGCAACACGGAAUUUGUGUAAACUUAAAUCCUCAUACAAUACCAGAAAAAUACUUAUGUGAAAAAUGCGGAAACAGACCAAUUCAUUGCAUUUGUGGGCAAAAUUUAAAUUACAGAUUUUCAAUAUUAAAAUGUUCACAGUGCGGAUACUAUUCUCAUCGUCGUUGUGCAGGAUUACUAUAUGGUCCUAUGCCUUCCGGGUCAUUUGUAUGCUCUUUCUGCGGAAAAUGCAGAUUUACAUACCCAAAAGUCAGAAUUCCUGCGUCAAUACAGUUUGAGAAUCUUACAUACACCUUUUCACCCGAAAAUAUUGAGAAAUUUAAUCCCCAAGUUUUGUCUGGACCUUUUAACGAUUUUAUUAUGAUAGAUGUCUUCGAAUCCACGCUUACUAGACGCGAAUUCUGUGAAGAGUUAUUCGAUAGAUUCCGAACUUUCUUUUUCAUUUGCCAUCCGCUUUACGGUUCCACGAAAUCAAAAAAGAAACGCGCAAAUCUUCUGAAAUCAGUCAUUUCUACAGCUGAAUACUUAUGCGAAACACUAUUCAAAAUUAAUCACGACCUUUUCGUUACUAUAUUUGAUGCUUUACUUAACGCUGCAAUAUAUAAACCUCCAAACUUCGUCAAUCUCAAGGAGCCAUCAUUCGAUAUGACAGAGAAUAGCAAGUUCGAAGUACAAACCAUGCCGCCACCCCAAAUUUUCCCUCAAACUCCCAUUCCAGCUCCAAUUGAAUUUACCCCGAACGGCCCAGUGGCCGGAUCCGACCUUACCCAAGGCCAAUUUGUUAUGAUGGCCUCAGGCUUGCUCGGCGAUAUCGAGGAAUUCGAUUACGACAACGGCGUAGACUCCGCAAUUUACCAAUUAAUCGGAACUCGCUUUGUUUUAGACACCACUCACUUCCCCGACCUUACAUUACAUAAGAUACCUCGUUCUAUGAAUGGAAAUCUUAUUUUGAAGCUAUUCCAAGUCGGAGAUAAAAUUCAAUGCGGAGUUUUCGUCGGCAGAUCAUCACUUAGCCCUGCCGAAGGUAACGAGACACUUACAGUGAAGACAGGGGAGAAGUUAUUUCUAGGAAUUGACUUUCUUCCGGCGAGUUGCGAAGAUAUAUCUCGUUGGCUUUCAUGGCAUCCGGGCGAUUUGCGGGAAAACAGCGGUAACCAUCAGAAUUCUGGGUCUCGGCCAACUCCUGAGCAGCGCGAAACGAAUGCUGCAAUCAGAUUUGCCGGGGAAGCGAAAAAAGAUAAAGAAAAGCCAAGAAAAAACAAAGCAGCGAAAGAAAAAGAAGAUGACGCGAUGCAUUACAAAAGGAAACAGAAAACUAAGAUGAAAAUCAUAAAAGAUAUCGAAGUAUCUCUUUUUGACAUGUUCGAUAUGGAUGAUCCUGGUCUUUUCCUGUUCCACGUUGGCGAUGACAUCAAACAGAUUGAAGAAACAGCUCGUAUUGUUUCAACAACUGUUCCAACAACAGGCCAAAGAGGACGACCACAUCUAUCGUCAAAAUUCAAGCGAGCUUCAUCGACACCGAUCAAAGUCAGUGACAAAGGUGAUUGCGCGCUAAGGCGUACUAAGUCAGACAAAGUCCAGACCACUGAUGAAAACGACAGCGAUAACGAGAAUGACCAAGAAGAGAAGAAGGACGAGGAAGAAGAAAAGAAAGAGGAAGAAAAAGAAAACAACGAAGAAGAAGAGGAAGAAGAGGAAAAGAAAGAAAACGAGUCAGAAGAAGAAGAAAAGAAAGAAGAAACACAUGUAUCUAUCAAUAGAAAUGAUGAGGAAGAGGAAGAUGAAUCACAGCAGAAACAAGAAAAUAAAAGUAAGUCAGAAACAAGUGAAACAGAAGAGGAAGUUCCCCCUCUUUUUUCAAAUGAUUUCGAAGAAAGAAUUGUCAAAAAUGUAUCUGAUAUCAAGUAUUCGUUGUUACACAUCGAUGAUCCUGCAAAACAAAUGCUUGCUUUAAUUGGUUUGUAA